UCACAAUUCUUUAUUCUCUCUGUUUCUCUCUCUCUCUCUCUCUAACCGUCUGCAUUUUCAAUGGGGUUUAGGGUUGGUGAGCUGAACUCCAGCUGCCUGCCAUUGACUUCUCGUGUAGCAGAUCAUGGAGCCCUCGUUGCCCACUUGUAUUCUCUCUACGCCCUCCUCUCUCUUCUGGGUUUCUCUUUAAACUUUAAACCCACCUACAUGACUUUUCUAUGAGGGUUUGUCUCUCUCUCAGGAUUGAUUGCUCAUCCAAUUCCACUCUGGUUAUACAAGUGUAGUGAUUGGCAGUUUUGGGGCUAUGAAGUGUUUCUCAUGCUCGAACGGAGAUAAGAAUGAUGAACCGAAGACUACAAAGUCUAUCUCGGUUCGCUCCUCCACUUCCACAUCAACUGAUCGAGAGGCAAGGAAAUCUGGAUCUGAAUUUAACUCUCAGAAUGCGUCAGAUGUAAGCACUGAAUCAUGUACGAGGAUCUCAUUUACAAUUCUGUCUCAAAGACCCAGUAACCUCAGAGUCUUUACAUACGACGAGCUGAGGACGGCCACAAGAAAUUUUAGCCGCUCUCUCAUGAUUGGAGAAGGUGGGUUUGGUGGUGUAUAUAGGGGUGUGAUACGGGAAGCUGAAGAUUCAAACAAAAAGAUUGAUAUCGCUGUUAAACAACUCAGCAGAAGAGGAUUGCAGGGGCAUAAGGAAUGGGUGACAGAAGUAAAUGUCCUGGGGGUUGUUGAACAUCCGAAUCUCGUCAAGCUUGUUGGGUAUUGUUCUGAAGAUGACGAAAGAGGGAUGCAACGGCUUUUGGUCUAUGAGUAUAUGCCAAACAGGAGUGUGCAGGAUCAUAUAUCAAGUCGAUUUCAGAUACCUGUUCCAUGGAUUACAAGAUUAAAAAUAGCCCAGGAUGCUGCUCGUGGCUUAGUAUAUCUGCAUGAAGGAAUGGAAUUUCAGAUUAUCUUCAGAGAUUUCAAAUCUUCAAAUAUCCUGUUGGAUGGCCAAUGGAAUGCAAAGCUUUCAGAUUUUGGGUUGGCCCGGCUAGGCCCUUCGGACGGAGUAAGCCAUGUCUCAACCGCGGUUGUGGGAACAGUUGGAUAUGCGGCUCCAGAAUACAUCCAAACUGGGCGCCUCACAUACAAGAGUGAUGUUUGGAGCUAUGGGGUAUUCCUCUAUGAACUUAUCACUGGUAGGCGUCCUUUGGAUCGAAACCGACCAAAGAACGAGCAAAAACUCUUGGAUUGGGUUCGGCCCCACCUCUCUGAUUUAAAAAAGUUUGAACUGAUUGUGGAUCCUCGACUUAAUGGGAGAUACUCGCGCAAGUCCGCCCAAAAGCUCGCAGCGAUAGCCAACAGGUGCUUGGUGAGGCACCCAAAACUGCGUCCCAAAAUGAGUGAAGUCUUGGAGAUGGUGAACCGGAUUGUGGAGGAAGUAGAAAUGGGAAUCCCUGAAGCCCCUAUAAAGAGUACUCCUCCAAAAGAAGCCAAUGGCAAAACUCUCGGAGAAGGCCUGAAGAGAAGAUUUGUGGAUCCUAUAAUCGGAGAAAACAGGUGGUUGGCAUGGCGAACUUGGAGGCCUAAGCUUGUGACGAGUAGUUGAACAAAGAUAAAAUCAACAAAUGGGUAAUGCAGAAUUACGUGCUCUAUCUGUUUUUGGUGCUUUACAAUCGAAGAGGUUUGUUUUGUUUAUGGUGUUUUCACCUCCCGGUAGCGUUUUUUUCGCUUUCAAAUGUAUGUAAGACUUCCACCACCCACACUGUAAUUAUGGUGGUAAGGCCAUUUCCUACAUAGAUUACUCUUUCAAGGUUGUUUCCCUUAAAAAUGCUCUCUUCUUUUCUUCAUGGAAGGUUUAGAAUGACACACAAUCAUUGUAUUCAGUAGUUGUGAUGCUGCUAUCAAUGAACUAAUGCAAAAACAUACUCUGAUCAUGAAAAGACAGUAAUAUAAUCCUAUUUUUUAUUUA